AGCAAAUAGAUGCAGCGCUUGUUAAAAGCCGAUGUAAAUACGAUGGCAAAGUAACGGAAAUUCUACUGUUAAAGAAUUAAACGGAUUAUGAUUGAUCUGUUGUACAGUUUGAAGUUGAGAUUUAUUUGUGAAUGAUAAAUUUUAAAAUCUACCAGUUCAUAAUAAGAUUGUCAGGAAAUCGAUUUGUAUUCAAUCUACCAUAUAUUUUUUUUUCUUAUUCUACAGAAUUACAUUAAUUGUUUGAUUAUAAUGUGAUGGGGAGUGAAUUUUCACAAUGUGUGCACGAGUCUAAGCGAGAGACAUACAUGUCGGUACAGACAUUCAACGUGGAGGUCCAAACUCCUCCGAUUAAUGACCACCAAAAACAGCUACUUAGAGAAACAUGGUCAGUGGUCAAGGAGGAUAUAGCAAAAGUAGGCGUGGUCACUUUUAUGAGAUUAUUUGACAAGUUUCCAGACGUACAGGAUUUAUUUGUGCCUUUUCGAGGAUUAUCUUCAGACGAACUUAGAACUAAUAUUAAAUUACGUGAGCAUGGCCUUAGAGUGAUGGGAACGAUUGAGAAAUGUAUAGCCAGACUAGAUAAACCAGAAAAACUCGAAACUCUAAUGUCAGAUCUUGGACAGAAACAUAUAAUCUUUGAUACUAAAAUUCAAUAUUUUGAUCUGAUUAUUCCGCAGUUACUUCAUGCCUUGGAACCUAUUUUGGGUGAUCAAUGGACACCGGAUGUUGAAGACACAUGGUCGGAUUUUCUAAAAUAUAUUACAGCCCUAAUGAAGCAAGCUAUGAUAAUAUGAUAAUGUCGGGCCAUCGGUCAAUGUUCAGUCCGAAAUUUUGAACUGUGAUUUGAAAACAAAAAUGUGUACAUAUAGACAAUCAUCAUUUCUAUGUGCUUGUGUUGUUCAUAUAAAAUUUAUAUAUUU